AUGCUAAAUGUGGGAAGCCUGCUGUUGCUGCUCAUCUACCUGUGUGCCGGGGUAGCAGCCAUGUUUGAAUCCACACUGGACGCACACUGGGAGCUGUGGAAGAAGACACAUGGGAAGAGCUACAAAAAUGAUGUGGAGAAUGCUCACCGCCGGGAGCUGUGGGAGAAUAACCUGAAGAUGAUUACCGUGCACAACCUGGAGGCCUCAAUGGGACUUCACACCUAUGAACUGGGCAUGAAUCACAUGGGAGACCUGACAGAAGAAGAGAUCAUGCAGUUUUUUGCCAGUCUCACUCCUCCCACUGACAUCCAGAGGGCGCCGUCUCCCUUUGCAGGGGCAUCAGGUUCUGGCAUACCAGACACCAUGGACUGGAGAGAGAAGGGUUGUGUCACCAAAGUCAAGAUGCAGGGUGCUUGUGGGUCUUGCUGGGCCUUCAGUGCUGCAGGGGCCCUGGAAGGCCAGUUAGCCAAGAGUACAGGAAAGCUGGUGGAUCUCAGUCCUCAAAACCUGGUGGAUUGUUCCGGCAAAUAUGGCAACCACGGCUGCAACGGAGGCUUCAUGACCCGAGCUUUCCAGUAUGUCAUCGACAACCACGGAAUCGACUCUGAUGCUUCAUACCCAUAUACAGGACGUGAUGAUCAGUGCCACUACAACCCAGCAACCCGUGCUGCCAACUGCUCCAGUUACCAGUUUCUGCCUGAAGGGGACGAGAACGCUCUGAAGCAGGGUCUUGCUACCGUUGGACCCAUUUCAGUGGCAAUUGAUGCUAGGCGGCCCAGAUUUAGUUUCUAUAGAAGUGGAGUGUAUAAUGACCCAUCAUGCACACAAAAGGUGAAUCACGGUGUGUUGGCAGUGGGCUACGGUACUCUGAAUGGACAAGACUACUGGCUCGUAAAGAACAGCUGGGGAACAACCUUCGGAGAUCAGGGAUACAUCCGGAUGGCACGCAACACAGGCAACCAGUGUGGCAUCGCUUUGUAUCCCUGCUACCCCGUCAUGUAACUACAGUGUGCACUGAAAUUAAA